CAUGCACAUAUAGCACAAAUUAUACAUGUAUGCAUAUACAUAUGUACAUACCUACAUACACAUAUACAUAAAUGCAUGAAUGCAUGCAUUCUGGAUGUGCAAGUAAACACUAAAUUCAACAUAAAAUCAAAAUGAUGAACUUUAUAUGCGGUUUUAAUACAUGUGUCAUGUGUUGUUGCGGCUGAUUUAUUAGUGCAAAUUAUUCCAAAGGGACAAAAUGUUUGUCUACAUAAUCUUUCAUCUAAAAUUACUUAAUUUUUUCUUGGCUGAUGUCACUUAAAAAUGUUGACCAAAUAUCUCAAUGUGCCAAAUCCAGUCCUGCGACUCUUUCCACCUCCAGUCAUCAGACCUGUCUGUCAUUGAGAUCUGUAGUCAGAGAUGAUCUAGCUUCACGUCUCUACAGCGUUCUUGUUGGCUCGUAUGUCCGUAUGGAUUCACUCAUGGACAAUGGUUCUUCUUUUACUGACCCCUACAAACUCUUCUCCUGGCCCUGAUAUUACAUGUGCGAGUGUCCAUGCGCUGAUGUCCGGUCCUGAGGGAACGCCGGUCGUCUCCCAGAUAGGAGGCUUUGUCUGCGGAAGUUGAUGAACUGAAGGAGCGUUUCUCCAGCCUAACCGGUCAACGGCAGCAGCUCCAGCAGGACCUGAGCACUCUUGAUCAAGCCAUUGGAGCACGUGGAGAGCCGAACCCUGCAGGUCUCCAAUGACGUGACCUCCAAGGUGGCCUCCAUCCGUACAGAUGUGCGGCGUAUGGCUGGCCUGGAGACCGAAGUGGAGGCACUGCUCAAUCAGACAAACGUCCUGGAGGAGAAGGUGGUCCAGACCGAGAAGCUCAUGGUCAAGCGCAUUGGCGAUCUUCUAGCGGGUAGCAUCGACCGCAUCUCCGGUCUGAAGAGCUCUGCCGAGAGGAACGGCCAGAGACUGGAUCAGAUCAGCGCACUCGUUCACCAGCUCUCCGCGGACAACCGCAAGGUCGCCGAGCAAAUCCUGGCGCUGGAGAGCGGCCAAGCCAAGCUGCGCAAGAUGGUGACGUUUGCAGAUGACCUGAAGCCCAAAGUAUUCACCAUCAGACAAGACUUCGCCAUCGUAGAGCCCAAACUAGCCGACCUGACGCUGAGAAUCGGCCAGCUGGCUGAAGACAUGAUGAGCAGAGAGGGAGAAGUGGCGGAGUUGAGGGAGCACUUCUCCAACCGUGACUCGAGUCAGACCGUGAGAAAUGAGAUGACACAAGACACACUGGACCAGCUGACGCCUGAAUGAGGAGUGGACUCACUCACCUCAAAAUCAACAUGAUCGGACAGUGUGUGCUUCCAACGGGAAAACACACGGCAUUAGUGUGCUUUUCAAGAGCUGCUACAUGAGAUCUGCUAAUUUAAGCAAGAUUUACAUGUAAAGCAUUGAUAUGCCCUUGCAGAAACACUGAACCGUGAAAUCUGCCAUGAUGAUUGUCAUGUAUCGACCAGUUGUGUGCAAUGAACUUCUGGAAUGAGGCGGCAAAGUCCUCACUGUUUUAUUUAACUGUGAAGUCAUGUUCCAGUUACACUGAUGUUGAGUUUUUCAGGUUAAAUAUGUACCUAGACUAUCAAG